GUCCCUGUCAUACAAGGAAUAGCCACAGUUUAGUGAAAGCAUCCCUCAACCUUUAACAAUUGAAAAUGUUCAAAUUUAUUGCUCUCUUUGCCUUGUUGGCCUUUGCCCUUGCCGAUGAUGGAGAUUACCAUGCUGAGGUCAAAUCAUGGAAGAACGAUGUACGCCACGAUGGUUUCGACUAUAAUUUGGAGACUUCCAAUCACAUACGCGAGACAGCUUCCGGUGAUGAACAUGGCAACAUUCACGGAUCCUUUGAAUUCCUCUCGCCCGAAGGUGAACACAUCAAAGUCAGCUAUGUAGCCGAUGAACAUGGUUUCCACCCUGAAAGUGAUGUUUUGCCCAAACCCCAUCCCAUUCCCGAGCACAUUCUUAAGUCCAUUGAAUACAUUAAGGCUCAUCCUGCUAAGCAAGAAAGUCAUCAUUAA